AUUUUGGAAAUAAAAAUUAGGCAUAGAGAGAUUAAAUGUAAUGCACAAUAAAACAACUUAGAUAGUCAUAUCUUUAUAUUUACGUACAUCGAUUUGGCGCAAAAUUGUGUAUUCUUGUUCUUAAUUUUGAUUCCUGUGAUUUCUCCCAUUGUGCGCAAAGAUAAUAGAUUAGUGAUAAUAGACAUUUCGAUCUUCGUACGACAGCUCUGAAGUAUUUUGCAGUAUUGAUUCUUACUGUGUGCUGUAUACUAGCAGAUUAAUUCCAUUGAUUCGUCUUAUUUUUGCGUUCGUCACGAUCACGUUGGAUUUAACCUCAAAUUGAAGCAGUUGCACACAGUUGCACACAGUUGCACAAGUAUCAAGAGACACGAAUAGUGAACGUCGCCAAAGUGCAUAAAAUACAGGAAACGAAUAAAUCUUAGAUUUCUGAAAGAAAUGAAAAGUACAUUGACGAUGUUCAGAAGCGCGCGGAUCAGCGAAUUCACCACGACAUUUCGCACAUUGUACAGGAAUUAUUACACCACGGAGAAAAUAUUGGAACGUGAAAACACGGAAACGAAAGAGAUCCAUCCGUACCGCCGAAUCCAUCCGUGGAAAUCGGAGCGUGAAUUUGUAGAUGAUUUGCUGAAGAAUGUUAUUUAUAAUGCAGAUGGAAUAAUUGCGAUAAACAAACCAUAUGGCAUACCUCUCAUUAACAAGACUACUAAAUCAAACAAAGACAUAUAUUCAACUUAUAAGAUUGUAGGAGCAGUAGAUUAUACUAUUAAGGAUGUUUUGCCAUAUCUUGCAAAGGAAUUAAAUGUACCAAUCUUAAUACCAUGUUUGGGAUCAGAAAAAUAUAUGAGUGGUGUUUAUAUCUUUGGAAUUAAUGAUAAUGUGUGCAAUCAGAUAGAACUUGCAAAAAGGCGAACUAAUGGCAAAUACAAAAAAUACUGGACAGUCACAAUCAGAGUUCCAAAUGAGAUCAAAGGAAACUAUCAUUUAGCAAUGAUGUUAAAAAGUUCUGUAUUAGGCGAUAAAAAACCUAUUAUCUUGUCUCAAUGGAGUAACAAUAUGGCGAAGAAAGAUCAAAUCCAGAUUUUGAAUAUAAGUCAUAAAGUCUUAUCCAAUUCGAUGCAUAAUUUGAGUUCUCUACUAGAAAUCGAAUCAUCCUCGAGAAAGUGGAAUGCUAUUAAGUUGUUUGCCUCCACUAUGUUAUAUAGCCCAAUUCUUGGAGACAAUAUUCACGGGUCGCGAGUCCAAGAAAUCAUGGGUACAUGGAUGAAAGUUAAUCCGUUUGCUGAGUCUUGUUGGGAGUUGCCAAAGAUAAAUCGACAGUUGUUGGAUCUAUUAAACAUUACACCAAAUCAACAAGAAAUUAUUCCAACUCAUAUACAUUUAAGAAGUGUACACUUGAUUUUUGGUAAAGAGAAGAGAGAUUUAGUCAUACAGGCACCUUUGAUAGAUCCUUUCGAUUGGACCUGCAAGCAACUUAUGUUCAAAAUACCAGUUGAAGCAAGGAAUAUUGAUCAAGAGAAUGAAAAGAAUUAGCUUAUUAUGUAAUAGAUGAUAAUUGACUUAUAUACAUUUGUUUUAUAAAAAGUAUUGUAAUAAAAAGAAUUAAUUAAAUUG